ACCGCGCCUUCAUGAAUGCCAAAUAAGGAAGGGAUGGGCCGGAUGGCAACAUCUGUAUGUCAGUAUAACGUAUCAGAAGGAGGAGACACAAUUUCAACCUAUUCAAAUUUCGGAACUCUAAUUAUCAAAUCGAUUAAGCUUUACAUCUCGGAAUCCAUUUUGAUUGGGUCUUGGUUAGGUUUGUGGGUGUAUGAUUUGGACAGCUUCUUAGCUGAAUAUUUAUGGGGGCACCAAAGCAGAAGUGGACUCCUGAAGAAGAAGCAGCUCUCAAAGCUGGAGUCCUUAAGCAUGGGCCUGGCAAGUGGCGCACAAUUCUUAAAGAUCCAGAAUAUAGUGGUGUCCUGUGCCUGCGUUCGAAUGUAGAUCUCAAGGACAAGUGGAGGAACAUGAGUGUCAUGGCAAAUGGAUGGGGUUCUCGAGAGAGGGCAAGGCUGGCACUCAAAAGAAUGAACCAGGCUGCUAAACAGGAUGACAGCCCUAUGGCCAUCAGCAAUUUAGCUCAAAGUGAUGAUGAUAAUGUUGAUCCAAGGCCCCAUGCAACCUCCAGUGGCUCUCCACAGAUUGGUAGUUCCAAAAGAUCAAUCAUAAGGUUGGACAAUCUUAUAAUGGAGGCUAUAAACAACCUGAGGGAGCCUGGUGGUUCUAACAAGACAACUAUUGCUGCAUACAUAGAGGAUGAGUACUGGGCACCUCCAAACUUCAAAAGGCUACUGUCGUCUAAGUUGAAGUACUUGACUGCAACUGGGAAACUUAUAAAGAUGAAACGCAAGUAUAGAAUAGCACCAACUUCAGCAUUGUCUGACAAGAGACGAAAGCCUUCCACGCCGCUCAUGGAAGGACAGCUUGAAGGGAGGCAGAGGGUUUCCCCUAUCAUUGACCAGGAUGGCAUGGGUGCCUUGACUAAAUCUCAGAUUGAUUUAGAGUUAGCUAAAAUGAGGAGUAUGACACCGGAAGAAGCUGCUGCAGCUGCUGCCCAAGCAGUUGCUGAAGCAGAAGCUGCCAUAGCAGAGGCUGAAGAGGCUGCAAGAGAAGCAGAGGCAGCAGAAGCAGAUGCAGAAGCAGCACAGGCCUUUGCUGAAGCAGCAAUGAAGACACUUAAAGGGAGAAGUACUCCAAGGAUGAUGGUUCGUGCAUGAUGAUAAAGCUUUUGACGUGGGUGUAUCGAGAUUUCCUAGUUGAAAGCCCGUGAGAUCCAUUGCAAUAAUUGUACUGUUUCUCAUACUCGACCUGUAGCUGUAAAUAUGGCAAAAUAUUUUCUUCUUGAGCUGUGAAUCUAGGAUGUAGCUCUACCAGGAUAUCCUGCGAACUUAGACUGGCAUAAAAUUCUUCUGUAACUUAUUCAGAAUGUUGUAGGCAACUGCAUAUUCUAUGAACUUUUUGCUUUGGGGCUGAUGUGUAUCCUUGUGUUGGAAGCUUAGACAGCUUGCAGAUUUCCUUGUAGGACGUACACAUGAACAGAGGGAGUUAGAAUCCAACAUAAAAGGCUGGAAUUCUUCAAUUUUUGUGUUAAUUUUGUUCAUUGGAUUCUGAGAUGGAAAGUGUAAGGGAUGACAAUUUCCAA